UGCCUCAGUGGCAGCGUUGUGCAUUCAUUGGCUGGGCUCGGGGCCGGGCCAGGUGGGCCCAGCGCCCGCCCUCGGAGCGCACAACCUGGGCGGAGACACGCGCGGCGGCCAAUGGAAGCAGCAACCCCCCGCCCUGCACAGCUCGGCGCUGAGCCCCCGCGGCGGAGGCCCGGGCGUGCGAGUGACCCGGAGCCCCCGAAGGAAGGGGCGCGCUGUCCCCCCGGGGCCGCGGCCCGCGCCCACUCCCGAGCCGCCGGCCUCCCCGCGCCCGUGACCAAUGCGUCCUUUUGUUGGUGUUCAUGGAAACCCAGCCCAGCGUGGCAGGUCCUUCGGGAGCGAUUCCGCCAAGGGUUCACUCCUGGCGUGGCUUGGGGUAUCAUAUGUGGUACUGGGGAUCGAACCUGGCUCCGUCGCUUGCAAGGCUAGCUAACGGCCAGGACAAAACAUAGUAGAAAAUGCAAAACAACGAAAUUAUAAAACCUGCCAAAUACUUCUCGGAAUUGGAAAAGAGCAUCCUGCUUGCUUUAGUCGAAAAGUAUAAGUAUGUGCUGGAAUGUAAGAAAAGUGACGCCAGAACUAUCGCUCUCAAGCAACGUACCUGGCAGGCCCUGGCCCACGAGUACAACUCCCAGCCCAGCGUGUCGCUGCGGGAUUUCAAGCAGCUGAAGAAGUGCUGGGAGAACAUCAAGGCUCGGACCAAAAAAAUCAUGGCCCACGAGAGGAGAGAGAAAGUGAAGCGGAGCGUCAGCCCGCUUCUGAGCAGCCACAUGCUGGGGAAGGAGAAGAUCGCCAGCAUGCUGCCCGAGCAGCUGUACUUCCUGCAGGGCCCCCCUGAGGAGGAGCCCGAGUACCACCCUGAUGCCCUUGUCCAAGAAUCAUUUGCUGUUUCAAAUAGAGAACUGUGCGAUGAUGAGAAAGAGUUCAUACAUUUUCCAGUAUCUGAGGGGACCUCUCAACCCGAACCCUCAUGUUCAGCUGUCAGAAUAACAGCCAAUAAAAACUACAGGAGCAGAGCUUCUCAGGAAGGUGCUUUAAAAAAGAUGCAUGAGGAAGAACAUCAUCAACAAAUGUCCAUCUUACAACUGCAGCUGAUACAAAUGAAUGAGGUGCAUGUGGCCAAACUCCAGCAGAUAGAGCGAGAGUGUGAGAUGGCAGAGGAGGAACACAGGAUAAAAAUGGAAGUUCUCAAUAAAAAGAAGAUGUAUUGGGAAAGAAAACUGCAAACUUUUACCAAGGAAUGGCCUGUUUCCUCAUUUAACCGGCCCUUUCCCAAUUCACCCUAAGACUUUCGGGGAUGGGGGGGCGGCCCUUGUAAUUAAUCUGUGUUGGCAAAGAAAGCCUGGAACAUGAACUUGCGGUCAGUAACCUGUAACUGGAGCUACAACUAGGAAAAUUAGAGCGGUAGUAGUCACUUAUUUAAGAAUACAUUCAGGUAAACAGCUACAUCUAUGUACCCUUUACGUGGCAAAGAAGCUGUUAGAGUCUCCUGAAAAGUCUCACUGAGCACUAUAAUUCUGAAUGAAAUGUCUGUUAAUUAGAAUUCAUACAGGAACCAUGUGUGAGUGUUAUUGAUUUUUAUUUUAUUUUAUUUUUUUAUCAAAUGCAAGUGUGGCUAAAGGAGUGUGGCUGAUCUUUUUAUUCUUAUUUUAAACCAGCCAGCCGGACCUUUCUCUCCCCAUGAGCGCCCUCCCGUUGAACAUAGCUAUCCUGAGAAGCCACCGGGUUCCCAGGCCAAACUGUUGCUCAGAACUUGUUUGUUCCAGGUCAUGGGAUUACCUCUGUGGGAACCACAGUAUUUUUUCCACUUUUUCUGUGCAUUCUGUUGUUCCUGUUUUCCUCUGAGUGAGAAGUUUCUGUUGGUCAGCAGCCCAGGACUUGGAAAUAGAGGCUCAUAACGGCCUCUGCAGGCCUUUUUCUAAGGAGGAGUUCCAAAUAACGUCUCCACUAGUGGGAUCUUUGUUGGAAUGUAAGAAUCCAUGUCACUAGCUGGAGGGAGAAAUGUUCAUUUAGAGUUCUACAUUCUGUCACUUUUUGUUGUACUAAAACAAACUACUUGGAAUUUGAUAGUCACAACUGUAGAUGUUUCUCAAAGGUGCUCGGUCCACCCCUGCGCUCCAGGUCUGGCCUUCUCGCUGGACUUUCCUCCCAAUUUUGUACAACCAAGUCAGUAGUUUUCCCUCUUUAAUCUUGAGUCCCCUAAGGAAAGGCUCUUCCCUCCCCAUGCUCAUGGUGCUAGCUCAUAGUAAUGCUAUGUAUUUUGCGUUACAUAGUUAGUAUUGGGCAUUUAAAGGAUGCAUUGCCAGGGCUGGAAAGAAAGUACAGUGGGUAAGGCACUUGCCCUACAUGCAGCGGACCCAGAAUUAUUCCCAACACCAUUUAUGGUUUCAUGUAGUCCCCAAAAUCAUGCCAGGAGUGAUCCCUGAGCUCAGAGCGAGGGUCCUGAGCACAGCUGUUUGUGACCCCUUCUCCCAAAUAAAUGGACUGCAUUGCUAACAGAUUAGUAGUAGAUAAAUAUUUGAGCUGUGACAUUCUCCUGUAGCCCACGAUUAAGAACAGCCCUGGGAGCUGGGCAUAGCAGAGGCUGAAGAAGUAAUGUCACACUGAAGUGCCAAGGCAGGCUAAAAAUUCCUGGGAAUGAAAUUUCCAGGCCAGGUACUAAAAAAGGCAGAUUCUAUAGAAAAGAUUUAGGAUUAGGCACCAAGGCCUGAAUUCUGAGUUUGUUUUUUUUUCUCAAGAUACCGUUUGACCAUGGGAACUCCUUUUUCUCCUUGACUAUCAUGUUGUUUGCCCACAAAAUAAGAAAAUUGGUCUAGAAAAUGUUCAGAUUCUAUUACCACUUCUUGCUUAUGAUGUGAUGUUCAUGGUCUUGCAGGGGUACUUUGAAGUCCUGAUUGCCCAAUGGCAUGGGCCAAUAUGGAGCAGUUUAGCACAUCAGAGAAGCCUUUUCCUUCCUAAUAUUAAAAUUUGGGUCCUGUGGACUGUAACUCCAGGAAGGCAUACCUAAGCUCAUUGUUUAUGUGCUGUAUAAAACUAUAAACUGAAUAUCAAAUUAUUUUAUACCUGGAUGACAUUUUCAGAGGAGUUGGCUAUUUGAAGCAAUCCUGUGAAGGUUAGUCUUUAAAAGGAAGGAUCCUUUACUAAGGACUUACUUUCUUAAUCUGGACCCUUUAGAGAAGAAGUUCCAAGCUUAAAUGGUUUAUGGGGAGCAGAAUUUGACACUCCUACCUCGUCUGGAUUAAGGCAGAACAAUGACCCUCAACACAGAUGUGAACUGAGAUAGUUUGCCUUUGCUUCUCUUUGAUCUAUUGAAAAUCUCACCAAUAUAUGCAGUCUCGAGUGGGGCCUGAGAUUUUUCUAUUCCUUAAAAGUGCCAUGGUCAGAAUAGUUCUUAUUUGGUCCCAGCACUUCUGUGUAGCUAACACGGUUUUAGAAGAGCCUGUGAAGUUUUACUUAACAUUUUCAAAAAAAUUAGGGAGGGGAAAGGUACAUGUUUGUGUAUAACGGAGUGCCUGCUAUUAUUCUUCCUUAAACAAUUUACCACUUAAGCAAACAAACAGCAAUGUAGAACAACACUCGCACAAAAAUGUUCAUACAUAUAAUGGUACUAUAAAAAGCAUUGAACUAAUUCCUAACUGAGCAAAUAAAGGAUAAUUAAACCAGCAGCCUAAAGCAUCUUGCCCUACUGUUAAUGGUAUUUAUGAGUUUAUAGCAGUAGUUUUCAGCAUUGGCUAUGCAUUAGAAACAGUAUUUUGUAAAUAAUCACGCCCGCUGUGUCCAAUUCACAGAGGGUUCUGAUUUUCUUGCCCUCAGUUGGGAUUCUCUUUUUCAGCGCUCUAGGGAUUUAUGAUGUUUAAUUUGUAUUGAGUAUUGCUGAUGGGAGUUCAGAAACGGGUUGCAUUUGAUCCUAACCCUGCAAGGUCGGGCAGGUGUGAGGAAAAGAAAAACUUGGAAUCAGACUGGGAGCUGGUGAAUGACAGAGCAGUACCUGAGUCCCAGGUCUGUUGACUCCAGGACACAUAGUUCCACAUAUCUGCCCUCGUCCCAUCCUUGAAAUGAUCUCAUAGGUCUGUUUUAUCCUGACAGCCACGUCACUUCUCCAGGGCACUUAAAGUGAGGGUCUCUGUUCAUAAACAGGGCAUCCCAAUUUAACUUUUGCAACUAUUUCUUAUCCAGGUUUGCACUAUUUCUUGAUAGAUAUUGUAGGGAAUAAAAAACAACAGACACAGUUCACCAUCUUUCAAUCUGCCAAACCAUGGCCACAGCCCAGUAGGAGGGGUAGGGUUCUAUACACCUGUCAAUCCUAGACAAGUAUAUGUUUUCAAGUGCAUUUGGAACUCAGAUCAGAGAACUUGGAGGACAAGGAAGGCUCCCCAGGAGAAGUGGCAUUUGAGUAAAGGCUUGGAGAUGGAGAUUCAGAAAGGGGGAAGAAUGUAAGCAUAUGCGAGGACCUAUUAAGAUUCAGGAUGCCAGGGAUGUGGCUCAAGCAAUGAAGCACAGGAUCCAGAGUGGGGGGGGGGGGGCUUUGAUUCCUGGCACCACUGGGUAUAGUCCUGAUAGUUCCCAAGCAGUUCCAGGAGCGCCACCCAAGGAGAACAAGGUGAUGAGAGGCAGGCAAUAAAAUUGGGAGGCAGGGAUACCAAAGUCGACAGGAAAAGGAUCUGAAUUGUGUGUGGUCCCGGAAGAAGACUUGAAGAUGAAACCAAGUUCAGAGAAGAUGGGAGGCUGGGAAUGAAGGUGGGAGGGUUGGGGUCUGGUUAGAGUGAUAUAACAGGAUCAUGAGUUGUCGGGGAGGGAAUGGCUGGGCCCUAUUCCCGUGAAGUUAGGGUUGGCAGCUGAUUGCUUCUGUUGAAGGGGAGCAAUAAGGCUUUAGAGAGCUGCAAGGAUUCUGUCGCCAGUUGAGAAAAAAAAAGGAGGAACCCAUGCCUUUCUGACUGGCUGCUCUUGGGAGAGGACUUCACACCAGCAUGUGUGACUCCCCCGAGAGCCUCGGACACCAGCUCUCCAGUCUGUGUCCUUCUGCCUCGCGAGCUGCCUGUGCUGCCUUUUCCCCUGUUCAUCUGGUGCUCGGUUGCAGGGAGGCCCAAACUGAUUUGACCCACCACCCACCCCUUUUCAGAAAUAAGUAAAAUCACUCUGCACCUCCUUGUUUGUUUUUUUCUCCCUUGCUUGCUUUUUAGCCACACGUGGCGAUGUUCAGGGGUUACUCCUGGUGGCUCUGUACUCAGGAGUCACUCCUGGCAAUGCUCAGGAGGCCAUAUGAGAUGCUGAAGACUGAAUCCAGGUGGGCCACAUGCAAAGCAAGCACCUUACCCGCUGUACUAUCAUUCCAACCCCACUCACCUCCUGGAAAUCUGGAAAUCCUCCUUUAAGCGAACAAACACAAAGUGCCCCUCAGUUGUGCCCCAGACUACUCCCGCAUCUGUCCAGCAAUAUUUAGGACUGUCAUGCUGGGUCCUUGUCAUUCAACUGUGCUGUCUCUGUCACCAUUUUCUCCAUCAUAGCUAGAGGUACAUCAGUCACUGUCUCUUACAACUUCACACUGGAAAGAACAGGAAAAGUUACAUACACUGAGCUUCAGUUUUCUUUUCUUUUUAAGCAAUUAAAAAAGACCACAACUAUUUCUGGUCCCACAACUUUCAGGGUUGUUCUUUUUGUUUGUUUCUGGUCUAUGUUGUACAAAGGAGCAAUGACUACUGAGAGGGCCUGAUAAUUCUUGCGCAUGCCCUUUCACAAAACUCAAGAGGAGGGGCUGGAGCGAUAGCACAGCGGGUAGGGCAUUUGCCUUGCACGCAUUCUCCCAGGUUUCAUUCCCAGCAUCCCAUAUGGUCCCCUGAGCACCUCCAGGAGUAAUUCCUGAGUGCAAAUCCAGGAGUAAACCCCUGUGCAUCGCUGGGUGUGACCCAAAAAGCCAAAAAAGAAAAACCUCAGAGGAAUCACUACCCUAUAAUGGGCAUUAAAAAAAAAAUCAGAGAAUAGUGUUAGAAUUUUGCAGGGAAAAUCUUAAAAUGCAUUCUGUAUCUUCCAACAGAAAGGGAGUGGGGAAGAGAGAGGGGAGAGAGAGAGUGAGAGAGAGAGAGAGGGAACAUGUGGGAGCUGGCAUUUGGACUUUUGGAGUGUUGGGUCUCUGUAGUGUUGGGUCAGUUACCCAGUACUUGGUCUGGAGGAGUUGGGGGAGGAGGGAAGGAAUGGGGUCUGUCUGUCUCCGGGAAUGUCAGAAGCUGGGAGUUGGCUCAGCAAUAUAUUGCCAAGAAUCACCAUUUUUAGUCUCAUUGCCGAAUGUCUGACCCUGUGGAGUGACACUUCAGUGACAACAUUCCUUUCUUCUUCUUCUUGUUCUUCUUCUUCUUGUUCUUCUUCUUCUUCUUUUUUUUUUUUGCUUUGGACACCACCUAGCAAUGCUCAGGGGUUACUCCUGUCUGCACUAAGGAAUGACGCCUGGUGGGCUAAAGGAUAUGGGAUGCUGGGGAUCAAACCCUGGUCAGCUGCGUGCGAGACAAGUGCCCUACCCUCUGUACUAUCUUUCUGGGCCCCUGCGACAUUCCUUUCUCAAAACCCACUUCUCCGAGAUUGCUCCUUUUGAUUUUUGUAUUUUCGUUUCCAUCCUCCUUUCCUGCCCGUCUCCCCAAGUUCUUCCACACCCACAUUAGCUUCCGCUUGUCCCCGUUUUGAGAUUGAGGUCAUGAACACAUAGGGGAGCAAGACUUGCCAAAGGACAAUUCAUUCACCCUCUGGACUCCUAAGGUGAGGUGUAGCCUUACACUUGCUAGACUCCCCACCACUAGCUUCACCUGCGGCGUGCUGGUGGCCUUCGUGGGGGUGGGACUCAGAAGGCAUGUCACAAGAGGGGGUUGCCAGUGACCCGUCAAGGCAGCAAAUUCUUUCCCUGAUUGUGCCAUAUAUUAUGCCCUUCCACAAAUUUACUAUCUGCCUCAGUUUCUCCAUUCUGUGAAAGUGGUGUAAUACUUAUCUACCUCCCUUGAAUGUUGUGAAAAUUAGUCAAUGUUAGUAAAGCACUUUUGAAAUAAAGAGUGAUGUGAAA